CAUGACCAUGGCUCUCAUUUACAUUUCAGUUCUCUGCUUUCUGACUCUGGUGUCGUCUGUUGAGGUUGAGUUUGAAGAUCGGCCUCGCAUCAUUCCCGCUGGGACGACUUUCGCAUCACGAAAUUACACCUCAAUCCUUACGGUGCCCAAUGGAGGGAAAUUCGGGAUCUGGAUGUGGUCCGAGAUGUGUCCCAAGAACUUCUACGCUGUGGGAUUCAGUCUGAGGGUUGAGGCUAAGCAGUACGGAGGUGAUGACACAGCUCUGAAUGGAAUCCGUCUCUUCUGCAUCGAAAACGAUGACCGCCGCUUUCUCUACAGCGUGGAGUCCCAUACUGGACAUUUUGGUGAGUGGAUGGAGCCUCAGUGGUGCCCGCGUGGAACAUUGAGCUCAUUCCAGCUGCGUGUGGAGCCUCACCUGGGCUUCUUCGGUGAUGACACGAGCGUCAACAACAUCCGCUUCCGCUGCAGCACCAACCCUACACUGGAGGGCCGGGGCAUGACCUGGGGCGAGUACGGCGAGUGGAGUGACGAGUGUCGCACCGGGGGCAUCUGUGGCAUCCAGACAAAGAUGGAGGUAUACCAGGGUGUCCUGGACGACACAUCACUCAACGACGUGCGCUUCUACUGCUGCACCCAGAGCCAGCAGUGAGAUCAAAUCAGGCGCUAAUCAGAUUUCUAUUGAGGGAGUCUUGCAUUCUGUUCAGGUCGAUAAAACAAUGUUUAACACUUUCUCUGAAGUCCAUAUUCAUAAAUCAUAAAUAUUCAUCUUUUUUUGUAAUACGGAAACAUUUAAUUAAAGAUUAAGUACAAAAACACAUACAGACAUUUGUGACUGCAGUGUGAAAACUUAAUAAUAAUAAGGCAUAAUAAUAAAGGCAUUUUAUAGAAA